UUGCAUGGAUAUAAUGUGCAUGUACAUCAUAGCUUGUAAAGAGGAAGUUAGGACGAACAUGACUCCCAUCCAGCUCAUGACACGAAGGACAUAUGAUAGUAAAAGGCGUGUCCCUGGAGGAUUGGGUCUAGUAGCUGUCAUUUUGACUCCAGACUGAAACAACUCCUGCUGACAAUCUCUCUGGAGGUCUGUGAAGCAUCAAGUGUGGAAGCACACUCUCCAAUGAAGGAGAAAACAAGUCUUCAAAUGGGGCUGAUUCCUGGAGUACUGCUGCUGUACCUGUUCCUCGCCACAAAUGUUCUCCUUCCCAUAUGUGCACAUGACCGCCACUACUAUGAAGACUAUCUUGGAAAGAUCAGCCUCAGUGACGGCUUCUUAAAUAUCAAUGGCAAGCUAGUGUGCAACGAAGGAUUUUCUUUGCACGAUGCUGCUGUUGUGUGUCGGCAAUUAGGUAAACCCACUGCCCAUGUUUACAUCAUCUAUAAUGAGAAGGUGAAGGCGAAUGAGACCCUGAGAUCCCUCAGGGGACAUGGGUGCAGAGGAAACGAGACAAGACUGCAACAAUGCUACGUUGGCAUCAAAGCUGGAUGCAGACAGAAAGUACCUAUUUCUAUCACCUGUAAAAAAGAGCAGGCGAAAAUGUGUCAAAACACGAAUUUAACUCUGCUGCAAGGGAAAAGCAUUCGUGUGUACAGUGGGACGAGGGUGACUGCAACGUGUUUAGCACGCGGCUUGUACAUGCCCUCACAAUACUGGUAUAAAUGGACCCUGUCAACUAAUAAUUCCAUCGUGGGAUCGUCACCUUCCAUAUCGCUCCAAAUGAAUAAUACGUCCCCGGCCAAUAUGACGCUUACGUGUUCAGUGAAUAUCGGUCGUCAAGAAUGCCACGUGAAUAACUCUAUUGACAUACAGGUCUUCAGUGACCCAAAACCAUUGACAAAAGCCUUUAACUUGACAAUUGGCCAAAGUCUAAAUUUUAGCAAACUAUACUCCUGUAAUCCCAGUUGUAAUUGUACCUGGAGAAAGAUAGAAGGCGAUAGAGAGCUCGGGCCCGAGGCUUGUGAUGAAAUGAAGAUCCAGAACAUAUCGCAAAGUGGGUUGUACAUCGUCACUUGCACAAACUACCUAAAUGUAACGAUUGGUAAACCUCGAAAAGGGGUUUCAGUCGACGUAAUAAAAGUAAAAGUAUCAGAUAAACCAACAAUGAAGUGUCCAGAGGAACAAUAUGUCAUCUUAACAUCACAACCAUAUAAGAAACAUCACAACUUGUGCCAUUUCAAUGGCCAAUGGGAAAACAAAACCUGCACUUGGGACGGUUCGCAGUCAUGCGCAAAUUGCAGUAUCAAGAUUGAUGAACUCUACAACAGCGGUAACUAUACAUGUACAGCAGGCUACAAAGACCAGCCUAUGUCCACCCUCAACAUGACCACCCACAACAUGACAGUUCAUAUCCUGUCUGGAAACUCGACGGUUAGUGUGAUGGAAGGAUCGAGUAUCAACCUAAACCUCCCCAAAUGUUCUGAUACUAACUUCGCUUUCAAUAACUACACUUGGAAAAUCCUCAAAGAAGACGGGGAGGUGGAGGGAAAUUACUCGCAGCUGAACAGAGUUAACACGUCUGCUUACUACGUGGGUUUUUCGAGUGACAAGGCUUUGAUGCGGCUUGAAGUUUUAUAUGGACCUAAGGUUACUUGCGACGAGAAAGUUUUUGUUCCACUCGGCACCAGAGCAAGCCUGAAGUGUUCAGUUAAAGCCAAUCCCAUUAGUUCUUACAUCACCUGGAAACGAGGAAGUGAACUACUUCAAAACACAUCAUCCGAAACCUACGUCCUGAGUAAGACUGGAAUGCUGGACAGUGGAAGCUAUAUCUGCACUGCCUACAACACAAUGGUCGACUGCUACAAUGAAACACACGAGGGCAACGAUUCCUGCACAACAACUGUGGACGUGUAUGUUGAGGGGGACGAGCAAAAGGUUACAGUCGUUGCUAGCGUUUUGUCUCUUCUCUUGGUGUGCUUGAUGGGUGUUGUUGGUGUCCUCAGUGGUCUACUCUACAGGGCUCGCAGAGGAGAGCGGCGUAGAAACAAUCCGACGAAAAUGCUCCCACUGCUCACGAAACCAGAAUCAGUAAAAGAUGGUCCAGCAGCUGACAUCUACGAAAAUGCCUGAGGACCAAAUGGACAAAUAAGAGCCUUUAAACCUACUGUAUGUCUGACACAUACAUUGCCAUAGAGUCUAAAUAAGGGAGCAGGAUGCUUCUUUGCGACAAAUAAGCAGUUGAAGAGAGCACACUUGACUGUCUUUGGCGUGUGUGUGUGAUGGUUGCUAUCGGUGGGGCAGGCUACGGUCACCUUUUUGCGAACACAUGGUAUCAUCCCUAUUUGGUACUGUUUCAUUAACACAUGAUACAGUUGAAAUAGUUCGGCGGAACUUUAGUGGAGAUCUCUUCUCUUCCUCUUCUUCUUCUUAUUAUUAUUACGAUUUUGUCAAUUUUUAUUUCUUGGAAUGCACGCAUUUCAAAAGGACAAUUGUAUUUACAAAGGGUACCCAAUUUGACUGUACUCCCAUGGUGACUCCACGUCAGUCAUACAACUUAGAGCACACAUAGCAAAGGUUUCCUUAUUUUUUGUCAGAUAUUAAAAGAAAAUUAGAUGCUUUGAUUUUCCUGUGUUACCUGUCUGUCGAUUUGAGUAUAAAUGUUGGGAUUUUCUUAUUUAGUUGUAUCACAAUCAUGCCAAACGUAAUGGCAUGUUGCACCGUUUCCCCCUUCUCAAUGUACGUGUACUAUUUUUAUUGAUAAUGCAUGUUUAUUGUUCAUUUUAAGUGCCUUUUCCAAUAUGUAUGCAUAUUGUACAUCUGCAGCACCUUUUAUCUAAUUAUUUGGCUCUUACACAUACAGAUCGGUUGGUGGAUGGUGGAAGUCCUCAUAUGUUUUUUUUCUGUUAACUACGAAAGACAUUAAUUCUUGUUUCCUUAAUCACAGAGGUGUAGUACUACCAUCCUUUUCACUACUUUCUGUUGUCUUGUUUUUCAAUAAUGAUGGUCCGUUUGCUAUUUGUAUAAUGUCACGUUGAUCAAUAACAUGUGUCAAUGCAUGUAUUCGCAGUGAAGGUGAAUGUCCCAUCCCAUAGCUGUACCUGUCGGUUAUACCAGGAAAUAUAAAGUUUAAAGGUAUUCUGACAUUCUGACAACGUUUUACUUCACAAAAGACGAAGACAAUAUACGGAAUAAUAUCAAUGCAAACAUUGGAAUAUACCAGAACGAGUUCAAGAUCACGUCUAGUUUUUUUUUAAGUUGCAGGAUCACAUGACGUUGGUUUUGAUAUCUGUCCGAUUUAAGGUUGUACUGGAUCUCUUCCAUCAAAGAUGGGAGAGUAAUGCAUUAUUAUUUUGAAUACACAAGUAAACGUCUAAGUGGGCACACCAGAAACCUAUGAUUGUGGGUUCGAAUCCCGGUUCGCCCCAAGUAUGUUCCUAGGUUUGUCAGCACCAUACCCGUGCUCGUGGGUUCCACCGAUUUGGUAAACGUCUGAGACCUGCAUCAUUUUGGUCUUUCCUUCUACAUUAAGAUGACACGCCGCGAUAUAACUGGAAUACUGUUACAAGCGGCGUUAAACUCACUCUCCUGUGUAGGGAGAAUUGAAAAUAGUUCCCAUUCGGUGUCCUAUAUUUCGAGAGAAUAUUGUUUACUCGGUGAAUUUAGUUCAUCAAUACCAUAUCUUAAAUAAAUGAAAGUAACUAUGCAUUCAUAUAAGUAUAAGGACAGAGUAUACUUGAAACAUGACAUUCAAACGUUGACAUGUGAUCUUUCCUCAUAUGAUCAAGGGGCUGUCGGGUAGCCUAGUGGUUAAAGCGUUCGCUCGUCACGCCGAAGACCCGGGUUCGAUUCCCGACAUGGGUACAAUGUGUGAAGCCCAUUUCUGGUGUCCCCCGCCGUGAUAUUGCUGGAAUAUUGCUAAAAGCGGCGUAAAACCAUACUCACUCACUCACUCACUCACUCACUCACUCAUAUGAUCAAGAUGAGAUAAUAAUUUAGCUUUGCUUUUUGUAAAUUGUAUUCCUUUCCAUACAAUUCUUUACGUAUUUUUAUAUGAAUUCAAUUUGUCACCAUUAUUGUACUUUCAUUAAAAUUAGCAACAA